UACCUAACCUCUGUAUUUCUGGGACAUGCUACAGCCGACGACCUUUUGGAAAAGAUCGUUAGCUACCUUGAUAGUAUCAAGAUUCAGAAGUCCAACAUAUUGCAGUUGUCAAUGGACGGGCCUAACGUGAAUUGGAAACUGCAUGAGCUAUUCCAGGAACUGAUCUCUGAGGUUGACGAAAACGCACCCAUCUUAGUUAACGUAGGCUCUUGUGGACUUCACAUUGUACACAAUGCUUUCAAAGCUGGAUCAAAGGCAUCUACUUGGAGCAUUCAGGAAGUUCUGUCUUCUCUUCAUUGGUUAUUUGUGGAUUCACCAGCACGAAGAGAGGAUUACACAGAAAUAACCAGCAGUGUUGUAUUUCCAAUUAAGUACUGCAAGCACAGAUGGCUGGAGAACCUGCCAGUUGUAGUACGGGCCCAGGAAAUAUGGAAAGAAGUCACUUUCUAUGUGACAACGGUGCAACGUAGCAGCAAAUAUAGUGUGCCAACUUCAAAGUCCUACAAGACGAUAAGAGAUUCAACCCAAGAUCCACUAAUGCCUCUCAAAUUUGCUGCUUUUGAGUCAGUGGCUAAACAGCUGCAACCAUUUCUGGUACAGUUCCAAAGCGACAGCCCUCUUCUACCAUUUGUGGCCAGCAGUCUAGAGAAGGUGAUUCGUGGUCUCAUGAAAAGGUUCGUCAAAGCUGAUGUACUCCAGGGUGCCAGCUCUGCAGUAAAGCUUCUGAAGAUUGACUUCAAGAAGAGGGAGAAUUGCCUUGACGUGGAGAAGUUGGAUGUUGGUUUUGUUGCUGCCACGAAGCUGAAAGAAUUGCAAGCAGCCAAGAAAAUCAGUGAUCGUCAGACAUAUGAAUUUAGGAAGGAAUUCCAGUCGUUCCUUACAGCUACAGUUGGAAAACUUAUUGAGAAGACCCCAAUUGCCUAUUCCCUUGCCAGGAACCUGUGCUGUUUGGAUCCGAUUCAUAUUGUGACAGAGAAAGAAGCAAGCUGUGCGAGGUUCAAGAUUGUCCUCAAGAAAUUGGUAGAAUGCAAGAGGGUUGAUAUUCAUGAUUGUGACAUUUUGUUGUCACAGUACAGUGAAUUUACGGAACGGGCUACACAGGUGCACAAGUCUGAGUUUGAAGACUUUGACUUUACAGAUCAGAGAUUGGAUGCAUUUCUCCAAAAACACAUUGGUCUUGUCGGUUCACUUUCCAAACUGUGGGACGUUGUGAAAUUCCUCUUGUGUCUCUCACAUGGGCAAGCAAGUGUAGAAAGGGGAUUUUCCGUUAACCGACAGCUAAUGAUUGAGAAUAUGAAGGAGACCACUUUCGUUGCCCAACGCACCAUUCAUGACCACAUAUUGAGUAUUGAUGGAUUUCAUAAAUUGGUCAUUUCGAACGAGCUUCUUACCUCUGCUAAAGCAGGAAGACAGCGGUAUCACGCCCAUCUUGAAGAGCAGCGACAGCUUGCGAAAAAUGUUGCCAAAAGCCACAAACGAAAAUCUGUGGAUGAAGCAAAAGCUGAUUUCCAGAAGAAAAAGAAGAGACUUGAAACAGAGAUCACCACCUUACAGUUUGAUGCUGACAAAUUAGCUAAAGAGGCUGAGGUGAAGAGGCAGCUCGUCUUGUUAACCGAAUCAAAUGCACUCAGAAAUGCAGCAAAGGAGAAGAAGAUAGAACUAGAAAACUUAAACAAGGAAUUGGAAGAGUGUGAUAAAUAA